AUGGCCGCAAUCAAUGAUGAAAACUCUCCUCAAUCACGUCAAUUCUUCUUAGAUGGUCCUGGUGGAACAGGGAAAACAUUUCUCUACAAUACUCUAAUCAACGUUCUUCAGGGUGAAGGAAAAAAGAUCAUUGCUGUCGCUUCAACUGGAAUCGCUUCAACACUGUUGAUUGAUGGAGCCACUUAUCAUUCUCAGUUUAAAAUUUAUCCGCCCAUCACAGAAACAACCAGAUCGAAAAUAGAAGAACACCACUUCUCGGCGAAAUUGAUAAGGGAUGCCGCACUUAUCAUCGAGGACGGAGCUACUGUUAUGACCAACCACGCUCUCAAUGCGAUUAAGCACGUCACUGAAAAAGUGACUAAGAAUAACAAGCCUUAUGGAAAUAAAGUCCUUCUCCUCGGGGGAGACUUUAGACAAUGUUUGCCAGUAGUCAAACAUGGAAAUCGAGUUAAGGUAGUCGAAGCUACCAUUAAAUACUGCGAGAGUUGGUCCACCUUUCUUCACCUUCGGUUAACAGAAAACAUGCGCACCACGGCGGGAAGUCAAGAGUACGCAAAUUGGCUGAUUGAACUGGGAAAUAAGACGUUACCAACAACAACAAAUUUGAGUUCAGAUGUCGUUGAAAUCCCUCCUGACUUCCUGAUUACCGAAGAAUAUGCAAAGUCUUUGAAUAUCACCGGAGACCAAGAUCCAAGAAUCAAUGCUUUAAUUCAUCACGUGUUCGGUGAUCCAAAGCAUGUAUUGGAUCAAGAUAUCUCUGAAAAAGUUAAUUCCCAUGCGAUAUUAUGCCCCAAGAAUGAUGAAUGUUUGAAGAUAAACAAUGCAAUAAUCUAA